GUAAGACAGACUCACAGGACGAAGCGACGACACGCAACUGAAUUAUACGAUUUCGCAUUAUAAAACAUAUUACAGAUUAAGAUCUGUUCAGGGAAAGAAAGGAACCCAAAGUAGGCAGUUUUGCCUAAAAAAAGGUGUCUAAUCUAAUUUUAAACAUGCCUUCGGAGAAGACAUUUAAACAAAGGAGGACAUUUGAGCAGCGGGUGGAGGAUGUUCGGCUGAUCCGGGAACAGCAUCCUAACAAGAUCCCGGUCAUCAUUGAAAGAUACAAGGGAGAGAAGCAACUGCCGAUUCUUGACAAAACUAAGUUUUUAGUUCCUGACCACGUGAACAUGAGCGAACUUAUUAAGAUAAUCAGGAGACGCCUCCAGCUCAACUCCAACCAGGCUUUCUUUCUGCUUGUCAACGGUCACAGCAUGGUCUCUGUGUCCACUGCCAUCUCUGAGGUCUACGAGCGCGAGCGGGACGAGGACGGCUUCCUGUACAUGGUCUACGCAUCCCAGGAGACAUUUGGAUCUGCGCGUCCUCUGUAAAAAAGGGCAAAACGAUUGGCUUUCACUCUUUUGGACAAUGAUACAACCUACCCUGAACUCUAGACCUUUCCUCUAUAUCCAUAUCCACUUUCCCGCCCGCCAUCCAGACAGGAACCAUCUGAACUUUUAUUCAUUUGGCUCGAAUCCCUCACCCAUCCCAGACAUUAUCCAAAGCUCAAUCCUAACUUCCCACGUCUCAGCCCCUUCUGUUCAUUUGUGUUUUCAUUAUGGAUGAGGAGUCAUUUUGUUUAGGUUGUAGGACAAGUUAUGGUAAGAUAAUGCUCCAUGUUUACUCAACACAAAUCUUGAACGAGAGACUUCUGCGUGUAAUGAUGGAAUCAUCUGUUUAACUUAGCAGUUAUAUUUCCGAAAUGGCAUCUAGUGUAACGUUAGGCGGACAAAUAGUUUUGAAGGUUAUUCGUAAGCUCCAUUUCGGCUUGGAGGGGUCAUGUUGCUGCCAGCGCACUCUGGUGACCUUUAACCCCUCCUGUUGUCAGUCGAAUCUCUUUAUUUGUGGAGUUCGGCGGUCUUUCCGUACCUCUAGGUGUGUUUUUUGCCGUUACACUUUCCUGUUAGAAACGAUUCAGUCUUUUUCACCUCCCCCUCAAGCUUUUUGCUAAUUGGGUCAUGAGCGUGGACUAGCUUCUCGGAUUUCACAACUCAAGGUUCAAAACGCCGUCUUACUUGCGUCGAAAUUUGAAGUAUUCUCCAGUGGGACGUAACGGGGGAAAAUAAAUUGGAAGCAAUUCAUAAUACAAGAAAUUCUGCGUUGAUUGUAGUGUGAAGCUUUGAAAGUGCAAGUUUAGGAAGGAAAAUAGAAUUAGAAUCAAUGGUACAUUGUGCGAAUGAAUGUGGCUUUAGCGAUUGUGGCCUCAAUCCAUGGACACGGGUGCUGCCCGAACAUCCUUGCUCUUGUAUAUGCACGCUUUUUAGACUUUCAAUUUUAUUAGAAGAUUAUUUACGCCUUUAUAAAAAUAUAACUGUGAGCUGUCGUACCUCUUUCCAUCUGUAUGUCUUACAGUAAUAUGUACAGAUAAGCUUAGAUGCCUUUCCUCCUGAGCAUUUAUUUGCUCUUAUUUAAAAUUAUGUUUUUCCCCCCGUUUUGUUCAUGUAAAAAACAUUCAUGUGUGAUAAUAUUGUGCAAUUUACAAAAGUGACUGUUUGAAUGAGAGUUUUACUCAUUAUCGAACUAAGCUCAUUUCUGUGUUUCUCCUGCUCAGAUUUACAGCAAUAUUACACGUCUAUUUCUGUUGAUAUUUUAAAAAUAAAAGAGGAAUAUAUAUCCUG